AGGAGGCGCUCGGAAGCGGCUGCGGCGGGGAGCGGUGCACGGCGGGGCGGCAGCGGCUCCGGGGACAUGGCCAGCACCGCGCUCGUGCCCUGGGCGCUGCUCUGGCUGCUGGCGGCGCUGGGUUCGGCCGCCCGGACGCGGACGCGCCGGGAGUUGUCGCCGGGUUUGUACGAGCACGGGGUGUUCGAUGCCGGCGGCUCCUACUGCCAACGCGGGGAUGUCUGCUGCCGCGGGCGCGACGACGGCUGCACCGUGCCCUACCUCGACACCAUCUGCUACUGCGACCUCUUCUGCAACCGCACCGUCUCCGAUUGCUGCCCCGACUUCUGGGAGUACUGCCUGGGCAUCCCGGCCCCGUUCCCUAAAGCUGCAGGCUGCGUUCGCUCCGGUCGCGCUUAUCCCAGCGGGGCCACGUACCGGGACAACUGCAACCUGUGCACCUGCGGCCCUGCAGGGCAGUGGCAGUGUGAGGAGCACGCCUGCCUCGUGGAUGGGGACCUCAUCGACGCCGUCAACAGGGGAAAUUACGGGUGGAGAGCAGCCAACUACAGCCAGUUUUGGGGCAUGACGCUGGAGGACGGGAUGCGCUACCGCCUGGGCACCUUCCGGCCGCCCCCCACCGUCAUGAACAUGAAUGAGAUGCACAUGGCCAUGGACUCCAACGAGGUGCUGCCCCGCCACUUUGAUGCGGCCACCAAAUGGCCCGGGAUGAUCCAUGAGCCCCUGGACCAGGGCAACUGCGCCGGCUCCUGGGCCUUCUCCACGGCAGCCGUCGCCUCCGACCGCAUCUCCAUCCAUUCCAUGGGCCACAUGACGCCCUCCCUGUCGCCCCAAAACCUCCUGUCCUGUGACACACGCAACCAGCGGGGCUGCAGCGGGGGGCGGCUGGAUGGAGCCUGGUGGUACCUGCGCAGGAGGGGGGUGGUGACAGACGAGUGCUACCCCUUCACCAGUCAGGAGAGCCAGCCUGCUGCACAGCCCUGCAUGAUGCACAGCCGCUCCACGGGCCGGGGCAAGAGGCAGGCCACAGCGCGCUGCCCCAACCCCCAGAGCCACGGCAAUGAGAUCUACCAGUCCACCCCUGCCUACCGCCUGGCCCCCAGUGAGAAGGAAAUCAUGAAGGAGCUGAUGGAGAACGGCCCUGUGCAAGCCAUCCUGGAGGUGCACGAGGAUUUUUUCCUGUACAAGAGUGGGAUCUAUCGGCACACACCAGUGGCUGAGGGGAAGGGGCCGAAGCACCAGCAGCAUGGCACGCACUCAGUGAAAAUCACAGGGUGGGGUGAGGAGCAGCUGCCCGACGGCCAGAUCCAAAAAUACUGGACCGCGGCCAACUCGUGGGGCAGAGCGUGGGGCGAGGACGGGCAUUUCCGCAUCGCCCGCGGCGUCAACGAGUGUGAGGUGGAGAGCUUCGUGGUGGGCGUGUGGGGCCGCGUCAGCGUGGAGGACAUGGCCCAUAAGUGAGCGCAGACCCUGCGGAGCUUUCCUUGUCCCUGCCCUGCCCUGCAGCCCCCCCCGGCCCCAGCAGGGACACCCCGGGUCGGACCCCUCGUGCCGCCGGGCGCUGACGCAGCGGCCGGGGUGCAUUGGGCCGUGCACGGGGUGUGGGGCCGGGGCGGGGGGCAUCGCAUUGCCUGUGGGACGGAGGAUUUACUCACUAAUCCAGCCCGGGCUCAGCCGGCUUUGUUGGCAGUCGGGGGCUCUUCAAAAGCAGCCACCCCUGCCCGCGGUGUCUGAGCCCCCCCCGGUCGCGUACGUAGGGCGGGAGGUGCUGUAGGAUCCCCCAGGCAAAGCACGGCUCCUACAGCCCUCCGUCUGCCCCUAUGGAGAUGCGGGGGGUAAAAUGCCGCGGCACCGGGAGAGGGGAGGACGGGGGAGGCUCCAUCUGAGUCCCCAAGGAGGAGGAGCCCAGGGCUGGAUGCUACCUGAUAAGGAUGGCGUCCCUGCAGCUCCCUCCCCCCCUCCCCAUGGUGCUAAGGCCCCGGUGCAGGGAAACGGCCGCUGCAACCAGCCCUGGGGUCUCCAGGCCCCCCCCUGUGUCCCCACCCCUGCCAAAGGAGGGACCCGAGCUGCCGCACAGCCUCACCUAACCUUCAACCCCCCCCAGGCUGUACUUUUAAGUCUCUUUUUUUUGGUAUUUAUUUUGCUUUUUAUUAUUUGUAAAUAAAACUCCUCGAAGUCUC